ACUGGAUGCCUUUACAAAGCUGGAGACUCUGGUAAUAAUAAUAAUAAUAAUAAUAAUAAUAAUAAUAAUAAUAAUAAUAAUCAUAAAGCAGUCCCCUAGCCGGUGGAUGGGGACGGAGUCUGCGGAUUGAGAGCAGGAUUUAUGGACGUGCAAAUUGCUCUAAGGUGAUCACGAACUUUCUGCUCUGCAGCGUGGGCUGAGGGAGUAGGAGCCAGCCCGAGCCGGGAUCCCGCACAUCGCAGGAGGGUUUGUUCCUCUGUGCCAAACCCGGGAGCCCCUUCAGCAACCUGCCUUAAAAACCGAGCCACCAAAACCUCCACACGCACCAGGCUUCUCCAUGGACACGCCAUGAAUCUAUUUUUCGGUUUUUUUGACAGAAACGUGCGCGUAACUUUCUCUGGAGGAACUGAGGCAUUUUGUAGUUGUUCUUGUAGCGUUUUAAACCUGAGCACCCAGCAGAGUCUUUUCCGCAGGGAUGAGGGAGUGACAAGUUGAAGUUCCUGCCAGCACCCCUGGACACUGUGAGCCCCUAACACCCACAGCUGAGCCCUGGACAGCCCUGGGGCCGAGCUCCUGCCCUGCUGACAGGCAUGAAGGCAGAGCCAUGUUCCCUGCUACCUGAGCUGGCUGGUGCUGCUGCAGCUUGUGGAUAUGGUGCCAGCCCUGGCUCUGUGCACAGACUCUCAGCUCUGAGGAUUUAGGGGCAGCAGAGCCCCCAGCUGUGGAGCACGCUCCCCCAGCCACCCCAGGACGGAGGGGCUGCAGCUCUGGAGAGUUACUAUGCAGCUUGGACUGCUUGUGGUGGUGGUUUUUCUGAGCUCCAUGGAUCCAACAGGCAGCAGCAAGGUGGUGAAGGGCAAGAGGCAAAGACGAAUCAGCACGGAGCUGAGCCAGGGCUGUGCCAGGGGCUGUGACCUGUGCUCUGAGUUCAACGGGUGCCUGAGGUGCUCCCCCAAACUCUUCAUCCUCCUGGAGCGGAACGACAUCCGGCAGAUCGGGAUUUGCCUGCCCUCCUGUCCCCUGGGCUACUUCGGCCUUCGCAACACGGACAUGAACAAGUGCAUCAAAUGCAAAAUUGAGAACUGUGAGUCCUGUUUCAGUCGAAACUUUUGCACAAAAUGUAAGGAAGGUUUGUAUUUGCACAAAGGGAGAUGUUACGUGACGUGCCCCGAAGGCUACGCUGCUGCCAACGGCACCAUGGAGUGCAGCAGUCCUGCACAAUGUGAAAUGAGUGAGUGGGGGCCGUGGGGGCCCUGCUCCAAGAAAAGGAAGCUCUGCGGCUUCAAGAAGGGCAAUGAGGACCGGACACGGCGGAUCCUGCAGGCGCCCUCUGGGGACGUGUCCCUGUGCCCUGCCACCACGGAGGUGCGGCGCUGCACGGUGCAGAAGAGCCAGUGCCCCGAAGGGAAAAGGAAGAAAAAGGAAGAGCAAGGAAAGCAAGAUAACGGGAACAGAAAUCGGAAAGACACCAAAGACACAAAGUCUGGCACCAAGAAGAGGAAGAACAAACAGAGAGGGGCCACAGUGCCCGCGACGCCCGCUAGCCCUGCCCAGUAGCUGGCAGUGUGUCAUGGAUGGCAAGACUCCAUUGCUGCUAUGUAUAUGAAAGCUUUAUUGAACAGAGCACUGCUACACCAUGUAACAUGUCCAGAGACAGACAUAUACUCCAGACUGACCCACGGACUGACAGAGGCCACGCACGCACCCUGAAGGAGGCUGCACACACACCCUGCCCAGCGCUGUGGGAGAACGCUGCUGAGGAGUGGGAGCAAAGCCACAGCGUCCCCAGGGCUCUGUGGGGACACUGCAGGCAGGAGAGGUGGAGCAUUAGCCAGUGAAGGACCCAGACAUGGGAUUGAUUUCAUGAUCAAAGGCCUCAAAUGGAGCCCAAGCACACAGCACCAGCACAGCUCUGCUCAGCCAGGGGAUGAGACUGAACCCACGUGGCCACUCUCCCUGACCUGGGACCCAGACACACACAGCAGGGGCCUCUUUCUCUUCCCUCACCCCUUAUUUUGUGUUUUAAGCUGUAUGACUUUAUCAUUGCAAAUACGUAUUUGUGGUAAGAGGUCAGUGGCAUCUGCCCUGAAUCUGCUUCAAAGAAUUAUUUCAAAUUAAAAAAAAACAAAACCCAAAAUCAAAAUGACAACCAGCUUCCUGAGUGUGUGGUUCAUACCUUGGCCCCUAUGGAGGCUGGUGUCCCACAGGACAGAGACUCACUUGUGGAAGGGAAACUCACCAAAGCUUUAAGAAAAUCCCAGGAAAUGCUGCCAGCACAAAUCAGCCGUCCUGCGAGAGGGACCCCAGCUGCACCCAGAACUCUCCACUGAAGGAUCCACUUAACACACAGCAGAUUGAGAAAAUGAGAGGUUCCAACAAACCACAGGUUGCUGAAACAUUUUUUUAAUGCAUACAGACUGUGACUGGGGUCUGCUCCAGCAGCCAUGCACUUCUGCCAUGGGCAGUGGAUCCGUACAUGCUGCGGUUUUUUACCUCCUUUUUAUCUGCAGUGCAGGUUUCCAUUACACAUUCUGCACUUGUUUCAUACACACACAAUUCCUGUAGAAAUCAAUGGAAGUCCUAUGUGCAGAAAAGCACAUUGUGCAGAAAAGCACAUUGGGACUCUGCUCAACCAGUCCCAGCUGUGGGACAAUCCCAAGCUGGGGACAGCUGGUGCCACCCCGACGUGUGGCAGGAGGGAGGCAGGAGGGGGAAGGCACAGCUCAGGUCCUGCAGGAGAGAAACAAAUUUUUGAAUUGGGUAGAAACCCCCUGUGUGCAUGGCACUGGCUGGAAUUCCCUGGAUUCUCCUGCUCUGCCAGAGCUGACAGCUGAGCAGAGGAACUGGGACAAGGACUGGCGAGCCCUGCGUGGCUUUGCUGCCUGCUCUGCUCAGGGCAGUGUCACAGGAGGCCUCUCCCUCCCUGCCCUGGGGAUUUAAAAUGGGAUUUCUCUGUAUAAAUACAUAGAGACACAUUUCAUUUCUCUAGAGUUCAGCAGAAGCUCUGUGCUCCUGAGGGAUGUGCCAUGGCUCACAGGGUGGAUCAGGGACGUGCUGCUGGAGCUCCACUCCCCUGGUAGGGCAAGGGGCAGGGGAAACUCACCCAGGGUAACCCUGGUGAAUCCAAUCUUUGCUGUACUGCUUCCAUACCAUCUCUGCUCUGAGGUUUGGAGCCAACAGGUGUGCAGGAGAGAGAGCUCCCUGUCCCUCUGAGGGUCACCGGCCCACACCCCCAGCCUCUCCUGUGGCUCUUGGUGACCACUGAGGACUCAGUUCUGGCCAGGACACCCCAACUCCCUCCAGGCAGGCACCCCAGGGCUGGCUUAGCUCGGGGCAGGACGUGGAGGCUGCACAUUGUUUGGGCUCCAGAGCUGUACCAAGCUCUCCCUGACUGCUCUGCUGGCAGAAAAACCUUUCAGCCUCUCGUCCACUUUGUGUUUAAAUAAACAAGAAGCUGUUUCAUCUUUGAAAGGGGAUUCCAUUUCAGCACAAUGAUAAACGACCAGCAUUCCAAGCAAGGGGAGAAAGAGGUUCUUAAAAGUCAUCCUUGAAGUUGUUUAUGGAUCAUGUUCAUAUGAUUUCUGAAAGCUUCCCAGCUGAAUGAUCCAACCUUGCUCUAUCUUCUAGCCUGUGAGAGAAGUAUUUUUGCUUUCAAGCAGAACCAUUUUCCCUUCCAGUUUUACCAGCACCCCUUGGUGAAGCUCAGCUCCCUGUCCUUCCCUCCUGGAGCCACGUCCCCACUGAGCUCUCAGUGAGGAUUAAGGAAAAGAGAAUGCAUUAGGAAAGUUUCCUACAUGAGGCUCUGGUAAUGACUUGAUUCCCUACAGUAACUCCUGGCACUAUUAGCACAACUAUUUCAAAACUAAACUGCAUGUAAUAAAUCAACAGAACCUAUUUUAGAGAACUCUAGGGAUUAUUAGAAAAUCUGACAAACUUCUUUCUGUUGUAGCCUUUCCCCUACUUUCUUCCUUUUUUCAGAGCAAAAUGGGAAGAAAAAGGGACAAAGGCAACAUGAAGUUUAAGAUGCAUAUUGAGUAUAUCCAAGAUUUUUCAGUAGGGGUGAUUUUAAAAUUAAAUUCUUUUAGAACAAUUAGGAGAAAAAAUAUGAAAAAAUAAAUUCAAUUUAUUUUCUUUUUUUUUUUGAGUCAGCUCAAGAAUUGUGCUUAUUCCCACUCCCAGAGAGCUGGUUCAGUUAUGAAUUUAGGAACAUUUUGCCUUUGACCAGCAUGAACUGCACACAGAGCUCCCUAGUCCAAGCUGAGAUGUCCUUAGCUGGGUGAUGUCACCUCAACUCACACACAUGUGAAUGCUCUCUUUCCAUGCACUAAAUUACCCUGUUGUGGUGUUGUUUCCAUGGCAUCACUGUAAAAUACAUGUCUUUAAACAAAUAAAUCAAUA